UCAGCAUCUCCACCCAACCAGCAGAAAACCGGUCUUUGAGGUUCCACCAAAAUAUGGAACUUGAUUUUGGACACUUUGACGAAAGAGAUAAGACAUCCAGGAACAUGCGAGGCUCACGGAUGAAUGGGCUGCCCAGCCCCACUCACAGCGCCCACUGUAGCUUCUACCGAACCAGAACCUUGCAGGCACUGAGCAAUGAGAAGAAAGCCAAGAAGGUACGUUUCUACCGCAAUGGGGACCGCUACUUCAAGGGGAUUGUGUACGCUGUGUCCUCUGACCGUUUUCGCAGCUUCGACGCCUUGCUGGCUGACCUGACUCGAUCUCUGUCCGACAACAUCAACCUGCCUCAGGGAGUACGUUAUAUAUACACCAUUGAUGGAUCCAGGAAGAUCGGAAGCAUGGAUGAACUGGAGGAAGGGGAAAGCUAUGUCUGUUCCUCAGACAACUUCUUUAAAAAGGUGGAGUACACCAAGAAUGUCAAUCCCAACUGGUCUGUCAAUGUGAAGACAUCAGCCAAUAUGAAAGCCCCUCAAUCCCUGGCUAGCAGCAACAGUGGCCAGGCCAGGGAGAACAAGGACUUUGUGCGCCCCAAGCUGGUGACCAUCAUCCGCAGUGGGGUGAAGCCUCGGAAGGCUGUGCGAGUGCUUCUGAACAAGAAGACAGCUCACUCAUUUGAGCAAGUCCUCACUGAUAUCACUGAAGCCAUCAAACUAGAGACCGGGGUUGUCAAAAAACUCUACACUCUGGACGGAAAACAAGUAACCUGUCUCCAUGAUUUCUUUGGUGAUGACGAUGUGUUUAUUGCCUGUGGUCCUGAAAAAUUUCGCUAUGCUCAGGAUGAUUUUUCUCUGGAUGAAAAUGAGUGCCGAGUCAUGAAGGGAAACCCAUCAGCCACAGCUGGCCCAAAGGCGUCCCCAACGCCUCAGAAGAGUUCAGCCAAGAGCCCUGGUCCUAUGCGCCGGAGCAAGUCUCCAGCUGACUCAGCAAACGGAACCUCCAGCAGCCAGCUCUCUACCCCCAAGUCUAAGCAGUCUCCCAUCUCUACGCCCACCAGUCCUGGCAGCCUCCGGAAGCACAAGGACCUGUACCUGCCUCUGUCCUUGGAUGACUCUGAUUCACUUGGAGAUUCCAUGUGAAGGGGAAGACAGUAUUCAGAGUCCAGAGUACAAAUCCAAUCUUACCGUUACAGUAGAGUACUUCUGCUCAAGUGUCCAACAAGGCUAUUGGUGCUUUCAAGUUUUUAUUUGUUGUUGUUGUUGCUGUUAUUUUGAAAAACACUCUGUAAUAUGUUGGAUUUAUUUUCCUGUGAUUUCUCCUCUGGGCCACUGAUCCACAGUUACCAAUUACGAGAGAUAGAUUGAUAACCAUCCUUUGGGGUAACUUUCCAGGGAUGCAAAAUGUGCCAGUCCAUGACCUUUCUAUUGAAUGCUUAGGUACCUGCGUUAUUUUCCCGUUUCACUUCACUCAUAUGCUACAGUCUUCCUUCUGUAGAGGGUUGUUUACAUACAUAGCACUUAAAAUGUGCGUGUAGGGGGAAAAGAAACCUCAUUGGUGGAUCCAAGAGUGACAAACACAAGUGCCCCUUGUCUCCCGAUCUCAAGAAUGCUGGAGGAUCCUGGAAGUAUGGCAAGCAGCUCCCCAGCCUUGCUCUUCACUCCUGCUUGAGCCCCUGGUGGGUUGUCUAGCACCAAUUCUUGCUGUCAUGGGGAAGAAACACCAGCAACUUGUAAUUCUGACACCAGAUGCUUAGGACCCCAGUGUAGGGCUAACUAAAAGAGACUAGGCGGAAUUGGAAAAUACUGCAGACAUUUCAGUAGAUAUAUAAAACACAGUGAAUUCCUUGUCAACCUUUCCACUGGGGCAAUUUGGAAUCAAUAAGCAAUUGAUAUGUGUUGGAGGUGAGGAACUUCAUAUACCCGAUUCCUCUAGGAGGCUAACAUACCAAGUUAUUAUACGAACUGUAUGGUAUCCAUCUAUCUCUGUUCUAUUGAAUGCCUUGUAAACAGCCAACACUGAAAACACUGUGAGAAUUUGUUUUCAGGUCUGACACCUUUUGGUCGCUUUUUAUAGCCAAAAACCAAUAUCCUUUUUAUAAAAUCUCGUGUCUGUAUUUCAGGAGCAAACUCUUCAGGCUCCUUUUUUAUAAACUGGUGACUUUUCUUUUGUCUAAAAAACACAUGCAGAAAAUUUACCAAAAAAAAAAAA